GACUACACUUCAUCUCCACCAGCUACCGCCCACCCUGCAACCAGGCGCCGACUCUAGAAACGCCAAAACCCUGAUACCAGCAACUCGAAUUACAACAUGACUGGACGUGGAGGCCGCGGUGGAGGAAAAGUCCUCCUUCCUCCCAUCAACUUCAUCUUCAAGCUUUUGCAAUCACGGGCGACCAUAUCAGUCUGGCUAUACGAGAACCUGGGCAUGCGCAUCGAGGGAAAACUGAGGGGCUUCGACGAGUUCAUGAACCUGGUCAUUGACGACGCCAUUGAAGUCACGCUUGCGAAGAAGGACGCGCCCGAGGAGAGGCGCAAGGUCGGCCAGAUUCUGUUGAAAGGAGACAACAUUUCCCUGAUCCAGCAACUUCAAUAAACGCCAGCGAUGGACACGUUUCUCCUGCGGCUGUAGGAUCGUACACAUGAGAGAGCGCAUGUAUUGCAGGACUGUAGGAGGGAGCGGGCAGGCACGGUUUUGUUUACCAAACUUGAGGGGAGAAGCUCAAGCCCCUGCGCGACGGAGCUCGCCAGCGCCGGUGAUCAAGGCGUCGAGGCGGAAAUCGGAAGAGUCCAUGGGAACCGACUCAUUUGGCGGAAGUAGCUGCUCGGUCAAGGCAAAACCAACUUUGACGUGGUCAGUUAGCCCUCCACAUACAGAAUAUCAGUAGUUCUUACCGCGAAAAGGCAUGCGCGAUACGUGGU